GUUCGUAAAUUUGGUUGAUUAUAGGUUUCACAUACGACCUCUACCUUACAGUUGUUACAAGACAGGAUUCGCGUAAAGACCGGAGUUCGGCCCAUUUUUCUCUUAAACCUCUCUUUUGAUUACGGGUUGGUCUAAAAAUUCCCCGUCAAAACAAGCACUCCAAGUCCAUAUUUGUUGCAAUUGUAUAUGGGUUUUGCACUCGGCGAUAUUCUUGAUAUCCCACUAAACACGUACUAUAGGGACUCCCCAUGGGAACGUCUUAAGGUUCCGUGUAAGGAAGAACGUACAUAUCAAUCUAAAUAUGCUUAUGUAUUGACUUCUCGGAAUGGAUCAAAUGAUCGCUCAACUAUUCCAAGGUCGAACAUCUGGAAAUCGUGGGACCGCCUCUCGUUAAUACUUGAAAAUAUUCCUUCAGAAUGGUGUAAAGUUGAAAAUAAAAGGUUGUUUUGCAUUUGGAAGCUGCUACAUAAGUACGGUAAUAUUACUUACAUGAAAUUACAAGUCCCGGACAAGAAUGCAAAACACACUACGGCAAUCGUGGAAUUCUCACCUCCUCCAGAUACAGCUUUUUGGGAACCUGGAGACAAAAUUGUCGAGGGCAACAUAUCUCUUACUGUUCGUCUUAACUUGAAGGCUAACAGAUUAUUUAAUCACAAACCCGCUUUCUCUGAAAAGGGUUAUCGCUAUGGGUCUAUGGUACACUUUCCAUUAUCCUCUUUGGACCUAGGUCAACGCUACGAUCAAGAAAUGGUUUCCUUGUUCGGGACAAAUUCUAGCAAUGACUUAAAAAAUGUACAGCUCUCUGUAAAUUUCAGUAAAAAACGACUGAGCUUUACUUUCAACUAUCUUAAGGAUAAAGAUGAUGAGAUAUUUCGUUUGGAUUUUGAUUUUCAAAUGAUAGUUGGUAAUAUUGGUACCCGCUAUUACGAUGACCAUAUGCUCUUCGAUUUUGAAUUUCGCUGUGCUCCAAGCAUUUUUCGAAAAGCCAAAGUCCCUCGGGACGCAAGCACUAAAUUUGAGUGGACUCAAGCUGACUCUUGGCGAAGGCAAUGUGACCUGAUCUCACAAGAGGCUCCAUCGAUACCAAAUGGCCCACUCACGUUGCUGAAUGACAGUAAUGUACCUAUCGGUCGAUGUAACCAUUUGCUGUUUACGUCUUAUUACGGACAGGACAACACAAUGAAUUCGUUAGCCUUCCUGCUCCGUGACCUAGAGAAACUAAGUGUGCGCAGCACACUUUCCGAAAUAAUCCUAGUGCCUUCACCGGAUUACCGAGAAAUAUGCUCAUGGCUACAGAAGACAAAACUUUCAAAUCAAACGCUCUAUUGGCUAGAAGCCUGCGUUUCACAAUUUCUAAUAUCUGAAUUUGACUUACCAACAUUGAUACCAAUUUUGGAGUCUGUUACGGAAGAACAGGCACGCUCAUUUUUGGAAUCUACCUUUGCACGAAAGGUAUUUGUAUCCAAACCCUCAUUGGAACUAGUCCAAAACCAGUCGUCAGCUUCGGGAAAGAAAUUUACUUCUGGCCUUAAUUCUGUAAAAAAAGUAUGUAUAACGCCAACUACCGUUAAAGUUAUGGACAAUUCUUUAGAAGCUGGUAACCGCGUUAUCCGUCACUUUAGUCAGUACAACGAUCGUUUUUUGCGAAUCCAGAUUACUGAAGAAAAUACCAAACGCAAAAUUCGGAGUAAUCCUGAUGCUUUGAAGCAAGAAUCAGUAUAUGCUCGGGUUUAUCAGUUAAUGUCACAUGGAAUUAUUAUCGGAAAAACUCACUUUGAAUUUUUGGCCUUUGGAAAUUCACAAUUGCGAGAACAUGGUGCUUACUUUUUUGCCUCCGGAGAGGAUGAAAGUGCAGACUCCAUUCGUAAUUGGAUGGGUGACUUUAGCAAUAACGAAUCCGUUGCGAAGUAUGCUGCUCGAAUGGGACAAUGCUUUUCUACUACAAAAGAUUUAAAACGGUUCCAGGUCAAAGUUGAAAAACGUAAUGACAUUAUAAGAAACGAUUCGUGCUUUACCGACGGUGUUGGUAUGGCUUCGUUGUCUGUAAUGAAACGAACUGCUUCGGAAAUGGACAAUGAGGAAAUGUUUCCUUCAGCUGUACAGUUUAGAAUGGGUGGUUAUAAAGGAGUCCUUUCACUAGCUCCUCCAACUCUGCUUGAAUACCAUAAGGGAAAUCUGGUUUUUACUAGAGAUAGCCAAGAAAAGUUCAAGUCUAAUUUUACAGUUUUAGAGGUCAUUAAGGUGUCUCGCUUUUCUCAUGCGCAUCUUAACAUGCAACUUAUUACGUUGUUGGAAGGUCUAGGUGUUCCGACUUCACUUUUUGUUGACUUAGCAAAAAACGAGUUGAAAGAACUUACUAUUUCUUUAAAGGAUCCUCGAAGAGCGGUUACACUUUUAAGAAAUCACGUCGAUGAAUAUCGUUCAACACUUAUUUUGGCAGAUUUAAUUGCAUGUGGAUUUAUGCAAAGGAAUGACAGCUUUACAAAAAACUUGAUUAAUCUCUACUUUGAAUGGGUUGUUCGCACAAUCAAGGAAAAACAGCGUUUACGUGUUAAAGAAGGUGCAUUUUUAAUGGGCGUUGCUGACGAAACUGGGACGCUUAAAGGCCACUAUAAUGACUCUGUUCUUCCAAUUCCCGAAGUAUUUAUUCAAAUUACAGACCCGUCAAAAAACGCUGAUGCAACCGUGACGGGAAAAAUCAAAACGACAAUCAUUAUGGGCCUUUGCGUCGUUGUUCGUAAUCCUGCUCUUCAUCCUGGUGAUGUUAGAGUAUGUCGGGCAGUCCGAUGCAAUGAGCUUCUUCAUUUAAAAAACGUUAUCGUGUUUCCAACUACAGGGGAUCUCAGUGUCACAGAAAUGUGUGCAGGAGGAGACUUGGAUGGUGAUGAAUAUACUGUUAUUUGGGAUCCCAAUUUUCUACCGAAGAUCGUCAAUUAUCCUCCUUACAUUGACAAUGCCGCUAAACGAAUACUCACCUUUAAAGAGGGCGUUCCGCCAAUUGAAUCAAUUAAGGCUUUCUUUGUACGUUAUAUAAAGUAUGAGUCUCUGGGCCUCAUUUCAAAUUCUUGGAAGGCAUGGGCACAUGACAGAGUUAACAACCCAGAUGGGAUUUUUGGUUCAAUUUGUUUAAAAUUAAGCGCUCUUCAUUCUACGGCUGUGGAUUAUCCAAAAUCUGGUGUCGCUGCGAUUAUGCCUCAAGAAUAUCGCCCAAAAGCUUAUCCUGACUUUAUGGAAAAAGAGUUCAGAUCAUUUCCUGCUAUGACUGCCGUUGGCGAAAUUUACAGAUACGCUUCGGCGUUCCAAAGCCAAUAUUUUAAGAAAGCAUAUUCCAGCAAACUUAACAACGAUUACGAUGAAACGAUGAAACUGCCUCCUUACAAGCAACAAUACAUCGAAAUUGCCAAGAAGUCCAAAGAACAAUAUGAUAAUGAUUUACGAUCUGUAAUGACACAUUUUGACAUUAAGACUGAAUACGAGAUUUUCACUUCCUUCCUGCUACUCAAUAAGGAUAAGGAAACAAUAAUUAAUGAAUAUGCACUGAGGGAGGAAAUAGCAUUUCAGUUUUCUGCCUUAAAAAAGCACCACACGGAAAACUAUUUCGCGCUUUGCGGUCUCGCGCCUUCUUCUGUGAAAGAUAUGUCAAAGCAAGAAUAUGAACAGCGUAUCGACAGUGCUGUUGCAGCUGCGUACGAUGUCAUGCACGAAGAAAAGAUAGCCGCAAUUGCUGAAGGUACUGACGACUUGGUCCUUACAUCGUUUCCGUAUAUUUUCCACAAGGUCCUAUGCCGGAUUGCUCGGCGACAUACGCUUGAAUCCUUAAGCAGUUAAUGGCACCAUAUUGCACUAGGUUGUUUUCACUAUUUAGCACUAUAUUGAUGUUUAAUGAAUUUACGGCUCCAUACCAA